AUGUCUCACGAAGAUCUACAAGCCCCAAUCCCUAUAAAACGGAACAAAGUAAUGUCCCAUCUAAAUUUAAGAGAAUUGGCAAUUAAAAGAUUUAGUGAUGAACGACAAGCAAGGACACCAGGUGUCAGAUCACCGGAAAUACCCUCUUUGUUAAGUAGAAGUCCGUUAAGAGCCAGAUCGGCCACUCCUACAAGAUGGAAAUCACCUAGUGAAUUUAAAACAGAUAUGAUCCUUAAUGACAGAAUGAAACAUUAUGACUUAGAUUAUCCGGAGGAUGAAACAACUUAUAAGAAAGCUUUGUUUGAUCCCGAAUCAAGAUGGUUUAGUAGAAACGUUAAACCAAAAUUUAGACCCUCUGAAAACUUACCUUAUAAGAUUGAAACUCAUCAGGAACAAGCAAAAUAUUUAUGUCAUGUGCUUGUGAAUCUAUACAUUGCCAUCUCUUCAUUAGAUGUAGAAGGGUCGAUUUCAAUUUCUAAUAAGGAUCUUGGUGAAUUGAAAUCCCAAAUUGAUGAUUUAGCUUUGAAAACAGAUAUAUUCAGAAUUGCAAGAGAAGAUACUCCGGCAGGUUAUGAAAGUUUUGAUGAUGAAGAAUUAUAUAAUGAAAAUGAUUAUAUUAAUGCAAUGGGACCAGAUGCCCAUUCUAGAGGUAAAAUUACUACCAAAUCCUCCAGCAUUAUUAAUGUAAACCAUUGGACCAAUGAGUUACAAAAUUGUUUAAUUUUCGAUAUACCAUUAACUUUAAGAAAAUCCCUUGCCACAGUUUAUUAUUAUUUGGUCUUGGUUAAAGGACAGAAAGUUGCUAGAGACUUGCAUAUUCAAACAUUUGAAAUAUUAGUGGAUACUUUGGAUGAAGGUGAGGAUUUCACAGCUUUAUUGAAUAAAUCAGGUCUUGUGCUAGAUCAUAAACCUUUGUUCAAGUUUUUUUGCUCUUUCCUACCAUACCCUGACGCAGAUUAUACCCGAUAUGACUUAUCCUCGAAGGAUGAUUCAAAACUAUUUAAAUCGUUAUUGAGAUUAGCCAUUCAUUCAAGACCAUUCUUUGAUGAAAAUGAUGAAUCAAUAGUUAAAGAAUCAAUGGACAUUUUACUAUCCAGUUUUUCACCUGCUACUUUGUCAACAAUUCUACCUAUAAUGGCAGCAUAUAUACCGUGUCAUUAUCACAAAACCUCUAGUGUCAUUGAUUACUUCCCAUUUUGUUUUUCUCUAUGGACUUCUGUAAACGCUAAUGUUGUAGUAGAUACAAACCUAUUUGAUUUUGUGGGUCAUGUAGCUGAAGAUAUCCAUUCUAAAUUAUUGUUGAAGGGUGAUUCCUUUUUAAAUAAUACUGGAAUAAAAUUAGAUAAAUAUGGAAUUUUUACUGAUGAUCAAAUGACAUUUUUAUUUAAUAGAUUACAAGGUCAUUUAAGAACUAAUGCACAAGUAUUUUCUUAUUCAAAGAUGUUGAGACCAUUUAUUUACAGUAUUAUGAGUGAUAAAGAACAAAACCAUGCGUUUUUUGAUAAAUUGGGAUCAUUAAUGAGAUCCUUGGAAACAUAUAUUUAUCCAUCAAAUAUGGGUGUAUGGACUAAACCAAUUGCUAAAUUUAUUCAUACUUUUAUCAAGAUGUACCAUGCAAGAGUUCAAUUGGAAAAAAGAAGCGCAAUAGAAGAUUCUAGUUAUAGAUGUUUGACUGUAGAAUGUAAUUCAGAAAUUGUUGAUAUGUUCCUUAAUACUCUAAGAAUUGGUGCCCAAAACAAAAAUGUGGAUGUUGCAAACUAUUAUAUUUCUUGUUUUGCAUAUUUGCUAGAUUUAGAAUCUACUAACCGCCAUUUGAUAUUUGAUAGGGUUCUUGAAGAUAUGUACGAUGCUUUGUCAGGUGAAUAUAUCGAAGCGAAACAUAGAAUUUUCUCAGCUUUUAAGCAAUUCACUAGAGUGGUGAGAUUCAUGACCAUUGACAAGUUAUAUCGUGUCCAUAUUACCAAUAUUUUAACGAUGCUCAUUGAUAAGAUAGAUUCAAACGAUUUAAUUCUGACUGGAAGUAUAAUUAAUAUUGUGGUCUCCAUUGUAUCUUUUACCCCGUUCAAGUCACUUGUUGGUAAAAACGAGUAUUUGUCAUUCCAGUCAGAUACCAUUCCAUUUGUUCAACAACAUUAUAUGUAUUUCAAAGAAAACAGUAAAGAACCAUUUGAAUUUGAUAAUGAAUUACUAGAAAGAUCCUUUAGAGCUUCGACCACUGAAUUUAAAAAUAUUAUUUUGCAAUAUAUUGAUAAAUUGUACCAAUUAGUAGAUGACGAGUUAACUGAUAAUUUUGUGGUAAAAUUAAACCAGACAACUUUAAUGUUGAUAGAAGCCUUGGAUGAGCAACAUUUGGAUUAUUUUGCCGACAUUUUUGUUAAACAAUUUUGGGAUAAUGAAGCUUUUAAGGGCGAAUCACCAUAUUACGUGUUAAUUUCAACACCUAUGGCCUGUCUAGUUAGAAGAAAGCCAUCUUUGAUCAAUUCUGUUUUAGAAAUGUUGAUGAUAAAUAUGAAAGAACAAGUGGAAAGAGGUGGCGGUUCAGUUAGAGAUGCAACUUUACAAGGUAGAGACAUCAAACUUGCCUUAUACCUGAUUACAUUCAAUGAAGUUUUAAGAUUUAGUUAUGACGCUCUAAUUCCCUAUAAGACUGAAUUGCAAGAAUUUAUCAAAUACCUAAUAGAAAAUAUUUCAAAUCCAGUGUUGGAUUCACUCACAACUGUGUCCAUUCACAAUAUACUGAGUUCGUUGACCACUACAGAAAUAAUAGGUCAAGAGAUGUUUUCGGAACUUUGUUCAAUUCCUGAUGAAGAUAGGUGGGGUGGACUACAGUUUGAUUCUAGAAAAUUUGAUCCAGAAAAUUUGAACUUUAGAUGGCAUAUUCCUAGUAAAGCAGAAGUUGAAACGACAUUUGAAUUAUUCCAAUGGAGCACUGAUCUUGCUAUUGAAAAGAUUGAGGAAAUUUUAAGUAUCAGGCCAAUUACUACUAAGACAAAUGAUCAUUUGCAAAAAUACAUGUUGUUGUUGGGAUAUGGAUUAUCUGGGUCUAGUCUACUCUUUGAUUCAAAUUUUAACAAAAAUAUUCAUAGUUCUAAAGUAGGAGAUCAAUCAUCGUACAGAGAAAAAUUAUUGUUAUUAAAAUACGUGAGAGAGAAAAAGUAUGAUACCCAGGACCUAAAUAUUGAUAUUGAACAGAUAAAUUUGGGGAAGGAAGACGAAGAAUCAUCUUCUGAAUAUGGAGAUAAUAGUAGUGUUUCAGAUUCAAAAUCAGAUAUUGUUGUUGUAAAUGAUUAUAUUCCAGACGAAUUGUAUGCUAUUGAAGAUGGCAUGUCAGAGGUACCUUCUGCUAUCUGUACUCCAGUACCAGGACAAUCUGUCCCUAAUUCGUCUUUGAAUGGUGAUCUCUCGUUUAGGGACUUGGAUAUUUACAAGUGCAAUUAUUAUUUUGGCUCUACUGUGGAGGAGAAUUUUGAAAAUCCCUUAUACUUUGAGUUUCACAAGGUUAGAUCAAAAAUUGGUCUAUUUUAUCACAAACUUUAUGGACAGUUCAACCAGAAUUAUGAAAAUAGUACAACUAUACACGAAGUGCUAUUACAUGGUAUGAGUACAUGGUUUAUGGAUCUCGGUCAUGGAAGCUUUUACAGUGAUACUGCCUCUACUAUGAUUGAUGUCGAAUUUAUUGAAAAUUUGCAAUCUCUCUCCCACUUGGACCAACUUUAUACAAGAGUAUGUCUCUCUUCGAAAGUGAACGGAUAUCACCAAGAUCGCGUUAUCAUGCAUAGUACUAAUAGGUACCCAUCUAAAUUAGAAGUUCAACUUCUGAGAGAUUUAGUAAAUCUAUCUAUGUCGGCGUAUCCAGAUAUUCAAAGAGGUGCGCAGGGUUGUUUGGUAGAAUGUAUGAAACAAUUAAUUGGUUCAUACUCUAUUGUUUCUAAACAAGUAACAGAAGCCUUAAAGGAAUCUCUAGAGAAUCAUUCCAAUAAAAAAGUGGAUGCAUGCUUAAAGGUUUGUCGUUCGAAAAAAAUUCUUUCAAAAAUGAUAAAGGAUUAUAAGUCACUUGGUCCCUUUAUCUCUUUAGUGUUAGACUGUUGUAAUAUAAGUGAAUUUGAUAUAGAUGUGCAUGCAGAUAUCAUUCUGACAGAUAUUAUGCUUGGUAUCAAAAUACCUCCUAGUGUAUGUCUAUAUGAUGAACGAAUGUACAAGGCCAUCGCGCCACCAGAUUCAUCCAUAAACCUUCAAGUAGAAGCUGUGAAGAAGGCCAAAGAAAACAAAAGAAAACUUUAUUUGGAGCAACUUACAGAGUUAAAUUCAAAUAUUGUAAAAUGUUUAGAUGGUAGUCAAUUCGGUUGGAGAACACAGGUAUUCCUUAUCAGGUUUAUUACUAAGAUUCAGUCUGAUUUGGAAAUGCCAACUGAUGCAGAAAGUUUGAAGACAAUAUUUGUUCAAAGUUAUUCAAAUCAUCCAAAAUUGAUACAUUUGGUAUUAAAGUCUCUGUUGUCAAUUAGUAAUAAGAUUCUGGCACUUUCUGAUUAUAAUCAUACUAUCGUGAAUUCUAUAGAUGAUUCAUUUGACCCUGAAACAGUUAAAGAUAUUUCUACUGAAGGGGAUGAUUUUAAAAAUAAAUUUUUAGUGGAAAUGAACAAUUUUUCUGAUCCACAAUUUUUUAUUGACACAAAAGCAUAUCAAGGAUGGUUAUGUUGGGGUAAAAAUAUGAAAGUGAUUACAUCCCACAAAUUUGAAAUAAAUCUAACCCAAGAAGAGGAAGAUGUAUUUAGAACAUUUGGAUCAUUGAUUACAAGGGAAUAUCUCGACACUAUGAUAACUGCUUUAAUUAAAGAUAAUGAGACAAGAGUAGUCUUUAGCAGUAGUGAAGUUUCUUAUUUUGUGGUGGUAAUUAUUCUGAUUUCAAAGGGUUUCACAUCUUUGACGUUCAAUAACCUAUGUGAAAUGUGUGAAUCGUUUUAUGUGGUUACGGAUAAAGCUUCAAUGAUCAUAUCUGUUGAAAUUAUAGGUGCAAUGAUGUACUCUACCAAAUACAUUACAAAGGAUAAAAUUAAAACCCAAGAGAUCUUUUUAGAAAAAUUCAUAUCCAAAUGUAUUAAUGAAGAACUAAAUCAAGAUGCAUUUGAUAUUUGGAGUACGCUUUGUUGGUGGUUGCCAUGCGUUAUUGAUGUUAGAAGAUGUCAACCAUUUGUGAAACAUUUUGCGACACUUGGUGGAUGGCUGGAUGCUACUUCUGAUAGAGUAAAUGACCAAUGUUCUAGAUUAAUGAUGUUAAGGAACGUAUUGACAAGUUUGGAGUAUAGAUCCUUUGAGAUUCAACCAAUUUUGGAUGGAUUGAUCUUUGACCAUCCUUAUGUUAAAGUUCGUGAAGCAACUGCCCGUCUUUUUACUACAUUGAUCCAGAAUGAUUGUUACCCUUCUAUGAAAGAUUCUGGGACUUUAUUAUCGGCCAAUAGUUCUGAAGGCAGUUUAGGACUUCCAUUAAAACAAAUAUCUGAGAGGAUGGAUAAAGUCAUAAAGUCAACUUUUGCAACUAUUGCUCAAGAUUAUACCAAAGUUAUUUCUUUGAGUCCUCAAGAUAUAAUAAAGACAAAAUACUUUUAUUUAUCGUCUUUCAUGUUUUACUGGAUAAGGGAAAUGGUCAAAGGGCCUAACAGGAUUUUAUUGAUUCCAUACGUAACAGAAUAUGUGAUCCCUUUUUUGAGAGUAUUACUAACUCAAAAAGAUGUUUGUAAACUUGGGGGUAUUGACCCAGGUAGAGUAAUUCUAAAUCUAGGCUCCAUGGCUAUUAGAAAAAGUUACAUCAAAGACUUGAUUGGUUUGUUAAGUAACUCCAAUGCCUCACAAAUUUUACAGGCAUCAUCAACCUCAUCUUACCAAAUAAGGGUUCAAUUAAUCUUCCUUGAAUUUUUACUUUCGAACCUUUUAUUGCAGUUGACUGAAGAUGAUAAGAAUCAUAUCUAUGAUUUCAUUAUACACCAGUUGCAUAAUCCUACAUAUAUGGAAGUGAGGGUACAAGCAGCCGCAGUACUAUCAGAUAUUGUCCAUAACAUGGGUGCAACGGAAAGAGUUCAGACUAUGUGCAAGACGUUCGAUAAAGUGUUACAAAAGUAUACUUGGCAGGAAAAGAAGACAUUAUCGAAGACUGAUAUUGAGGCACAUGCUAGUUUAUUGGGUUUAGGUGCCAUCAUCAAUGCAUUCCCAUAUGUGUUCCCAUUACCGUCAUGGAUUCCGACUCAAUUGGCUAUAGUGUCAACAUGGGCCCGGACUAAUGGGAUGUGUGGUACGGCGGCCAAGGAUACAAUUAACAAAUUUAAGAAAGUUAGAGCCGACACUUGGAAAUUUGAUAGGGCUUCCUUUACUUCGGAUGAAUUAGAGGAUCUAGAAGGUGUUCUAUGGCGUAGUUACUAUGCAUGA